CUUGUCUCUUGAAGGCGGGCGUUCGGGAUGCUGCGCUACUUUGGCAAGAAGCAGCAGUAACAGCCUAGUGACCCGCCUAGUGUUCUUCCACCGCCAAAAAGCUGGCACAAAGAAUUAUUUUUGUGCGAUAUAGGUUUUUGUGAAACCGAAACUAGCUUUCUGAAGAAAUAACAGAUCACAUGUCUACUGGAGGAGUAAAUCUAGAUUGGAUUGCUGUAUAUCUCAGAGAACUGUCUGAGGAUAUUGAUGCUGAAGUAAUUGGUGAAUAUAUAUCUGGGUUACUAACUGUAUCUCAUGAUCAGUCAGGAACAUUGUGUGAGGAAGUUCAAGAGUUACUCUCUGCAUACCUUUCUCCUGAAAAGUCAAAGAAUGCAGCCGAUGAAAUUAUAUCCAGAUAUGCUAGGCUAGUAUCAGCAGUAGAAAAUACCGUCACAUGUACAGAUGAAAUUAAAUCUGUUGAAGAUCAAAUGCGAAAUCUAAUGAAAGUGGAUUGUACACGUGUUAUUGAAUCGCCAACAAAAACUGUUCCCUCUGAUCGAGAUCCCUGUACUAUAGAAGUUUUACGUUCAGCUGGUGUAGUCACCUAUCAAAAGGAUUCAGAAGAAGAAGAAGAGUUGAAAAUUGCAAUGGCUGAUUCAGAAUUUCUUACGAAACAACGUCUUAAUUUAAUCACUACUACUACUACUACUGCUGCUAGUUCUAUUACGACUGCUAUUACUGGUGCUGGUGUUGGUGGUAUACUUGGUCCAAGUAUGAAUGGUCUAGUCGAUGUUGUCAGUGAUGAAGAAUCUGAUACAGACUUAUCAGAAGAUAUUGAAAAUAUUUGCCAGUAUGGAAAAAAAAACGAUUUCAAACCGGGUACUGUUGAAGAUGCUUUGGCUAUUCUACAACCAUCACUUGCAACUUCACUUCAGUCCCGUCAGUUCAACAUGUUCGGGGGUGGUGGUGGUGGUGUUGGUGGUACAUCUCAAACUAAGCACUCAUCACCUUCACCUUCAGUACGUGUACCUAAUUCACAUGUGACAAAUAUGAUCAAUCCCCCGACAUCUCAGAAAAAUUCCUCACGUCCUAAACAGGCUAAAAAGAAACUUCCUCCUCCUUCUAAGCAUAUUGCACGAAUUGGUGCUCAAGCUGAAGCGAAGAGAAAACAGAAUGUGAAUUCAAAAACCAACUACACUGAUCCUGAAGUCAGUAACAAAGAACUUGAAACUGCUCGAUGUAGACGUGAAGAAAUGGAAGCUUUUCUCUUUGGAGAUACUGACACAAAUAGAAAAUGUUAAUGGAUGGAUAGAGAGAGCUUUUCCAUGAAAUCUCUAACCUCUGUAUAGUAUAGUCUGCUUACUGGGAACUUCAUAAUCACUGAGGAGUAUUCCUUCCUUCUCACCAGAGGUGGUGGUAAGAAGAAUCUUCAAAGUGUGGAUUACAACAUUGUUACUUAUUCGCAAGUCUUCACUACUACUACCACUAAUAUUGAUAAAUAAUAUUUCUCUUUUUGGUCUUUAUUUAUUUCCUUGUUUUUGAUUUAUUAUUUUCUCUUUUGUUGAGUUUUAAUAAUAUGUUUUGAUUUCGAACUGUUAUUUUGCAUCGUUUUGUGUGUAUUUGUGUGUGUGUGUGUGCGCGCGCUAUUCAAACAGUCAAAAUAACCGCAAAAAACAAAAUAGUUUUCGCGCUCAGUUUGAAUUGUGUGUGUAUAUUUCUAUGUCUAGUUGUCUAAUUUACUCUGUACUCCUAAUUGUUAGUGUUUCUCUGAUUGUACGGCAACAGUGUCUAAUUCCCCCAUCCCGCCGCCCUCAUUAUUCAACUCUUUCAUUGUGUAUAUGCUCCUUGUUGAUUACCUCCCUCAGUUUAUAGUCUGAUGUUGUGUACACUUCAACGAGGAUAUAUAUAAUCUGGAAUGUUUACUGAAACAAAUCUGAACCAAAUAGCAUCGUCAAAAAUACAACGAGAAGUAGGUAGGAGGAGGAGGGACAAGCGUGUUUAAAACAGCAGAAAAGUGAAGUGCUCCGCCUUCUCCUCCUCCUCAUUGAAGAGGAGGUGUAAAUUCUUCCUUGUCUUCUUUGUAUUCUCUGUUUGUUUAAUAUUUGAAAACAAAAUAGAUUUUUUUGUUUUUUGAUUUAUUAAUUUCUCUUAUCUGUUUGUCACCUAUUGGUCAAUAUUUCCAAAGUACAUGAUUAAAAUCAGUCGUAUUCCAAUGUUCAACACAGUAUACUUUUUAGAAGUGUUACUC